AUGCUUGCUAACCCAUUCCCUGACCUUUCCAAUGAGCAGGAGGAUGCUUUGAAAAUAAACUUACAGCAAUGGGCCCUUACCAAUGGAUUGGUGAUGUACCCGCCAAAUUUUGAGCCAUGCCAAGUAAAUGUGGCUCCGAUAACAUUGUUCCCCACACCAAUACCUAGAUCAUGCUUUGAUAGUGCGAAUAAGGUGCAAAAAUUGUUCAAUGAACUAUAUGUGAGUUUAGUUAGCAAAGAGAAGUCAUGGUUAGUUGGAAUUUUGGCGGAAUUGGCUCAGUUUGAUCCAGAGUUUACAGGAAAAUUGUUUGAAAUUUAUCAAAAAUCAAUAGCGGAUGGUGUGUUGCAGCCGCUAUCAUUGGGAAUAUUUCGAUCCGACUACAUGAUAGAUUCAAAAUCCAACGAGAUUAAACAAAUUGAGUUCAAUACUGUUAGUGUUUCCUUUGGUGGUUUGUCCACAAAAAUUGGUCAACUUCAUAACUUUUUAAAUGCAAAUGGAUUUUUCGAUAAUAAGUAUAAUUUCAAGUACUACAAGGAUGAAGAGAUACCAGUGUCUAAAUCGGUUGACCAGAUAGCGGAAGGUUUAGCCGAUGGUAAUUAUCACUACAACGAAGACAAGAAGUACGCACAAAACACUAUUGUUUUAGUAGUUGUUCAGCCAAAUGAGCGCAACUGUUUUGACCAAAGGUUGAUCGAGUACUCAUUAUUUGAAAACCACGGUGUGCGGUCUUUUAGAGUUACAUUGGAAAAUAUAGUAGACAAGAUCACAGAAAACGAUGGGAAAAUCUAUGUGAAAGAAACCAUGGAUGAAAUUUCCGUAGUGUAUUAUAGAUCCGGGUAUGGACCUGAUGAUUAUGAGGUGAAUCCAGCUAAAACGUGGCACGGAAGGUUUCUUUUGGAGAAAUCAAAGGCGAUCAAGUGUCCAUCGAUAUUGACACAAUUAUCGGGGUCGAAAAAGAUACAGCAAUUAUUGACCAAUGAACAGAUAAUUAGCAAGUUGCUACCGAAAUUAAACAAGACCGAUUUGCAAUUAUUGUUGUCCACAUUUGUCAAGAUUUGGCCUCUUGAUGAUUCUGAAGAAGGGAAAUUGGCCGCAAAGUUGGCAUUUGAGGAGCCGCAGAAUUAUGUGUUGAAGCCGCAAAGAGAAGGAGGUGGUAACAACAUAUAUAAAUUAGAUAUUCCUGAUUUUUUGAAGAAUUUAAAGAAGGAGGAGUGGGGUGCCUAUGUAUUGAUGGAAUUGAUUACGCCUCAAACAUAUAAAAACAAGAUUAUUCGAAAUGAAGAGAUAUUUAACGAAGAUAUCAUAUCGGAAUUGGGUAUUUUUGGAACUACUUUGUUCUCUGAAGAAACUGGUGAUAUAAAGACAAACAAAAAUGCCGGAUGGCUUUUGAGAUCUAAAUUUGAAACCUCGAAUGAAGGUGGUGUUGCGGCAGGAUUUGGAUGUGUUGACAAUAUACAUUUGUAUUAA